AUGGGGGUUCGUCCCAACCAGUCGAUGACGCAAUGCCCGCAAACUCUGCGACGAACACUCAACUGCCAAAAAAAAAUCAAAGGAUGUCUUGGUAUUGAGGACCUCAGUGGGGAGAUACGGGAUAGCACAGACAUCGAGAUUCACACUUGGGAUGGGUCAGAUGAUCCAGAGAACCCAUUCAAUUGGAGUACCAAGUACAAAUGGCUACUCACCUUGACCGUCUGCUUCAUUUCCAUCCUGACCGGUCUGCCUGCCGGAACGUAUGGGUCCGGGAAUAACUGGAUGGAAAAAGAAUGGCAUGUCCAGAACUCUCCCUUCCCUAACCUCUACUGGGCUACGACCUCGUGGAACAUGGGUGCGGCCUUUUGGUCGUUGAUCUUCGUGCCUCUCACCGAAUCCUCCGGUCGCAUGCCUGGGUACUUCGUCUCGUAUAUUAUUCUGGUCGCUACGCUAUUCGGAUCAGCCUUCGCCCAAAAUUUUGCUACAAUUAUAGUAACUCGCUUCUUUGGCGGUGGUGCGUCGUCUGUCUCGAUCAACAUCGUCGGAGGGAGUAUUAGUGAUGUGUGGAAGGGCGGCAAAGCUCGCAGUCUCCCCAUGUCUCUGUUUGGAUUCACGAGUGUAAUCGGAAUUGCCUUGGGCCCACUUAUCUGCUCUGCCAUUGUGCAGAUUCACAAGGACGAUCCCUGGAGAUGGACCUUCUAUGUCCAGAUCAUCUACAACGCCGCCCUCAUCCCCAUCUUCUGGCUCAUCCUCCGCGAGACUCGUCCAGACGUCAUUCUCAAACGACGAGCCCGCAGAAUCCGCAAGGAGACCGGACGACACGUCUACGCAGCUUCCGAGCUGAACGCCCCUAGUACGUGGCGUCUCCUCAAAAUCUCCUUUGGCCGUCCCGCCCGGAUGUUACUGUCCCAGCCAGUCGUCCAGUUUUUCACCCUGUGGAUCAGUUUCGCCUGGGGUAUCCUGUAUCUGUUCUUCUCCAGCGUGGUCCAAACAUACAGCACCAACUAUGGCUGGGGCGUAUUGGCCACCGGUCUGGUCCAGCUAGCCAUCUCCGUCGGGGCCGUCAUCGCCACCGCCAUCAAUCCCUUCCAGGACUGGCUCUACCUGCGUUCUGCGAACCGAAAUACCGAAAAGCCCGGCCGUCCUAUUCCUGAGGCUAGACUGUACACUUCCAUCCCCGGUAGUCUCCUGUUCACCGCCGGGCUGUUCUGGUACGGCUGGGCCAGUCAGCCCGACGUCCACUGGAUCGUUCCCACGAUUGGAAUCACAGCUGCUGGCAUUGGAAUCUACGCGAUUUACAUGGGCGUCGUGAACUAUCUGACUGACGCAUACGAAAAAUACGCUGCUUCGGCAUUGUCGGCUGCAUCGUUGGGUCGAAACUCGUUCGGAGCGUUCCUCCCGCUUGCGUCGCCGCAGUUGUUUAGUAAUCUUGGUUUCGGGUGGGCCGGUUCCUUGCUGGGCUUUAUUGGGGCUGCUCUAUCGCUUGUGCCUGUCGUUCUGGUGCUCAAGGGGCCGCAGAUUCGUCGGAGGAGUCUGUUUAUGUGUGAGUCCACGUGGGAUCCAGAGGAGACGAGUGAGAGAGAUGGGAAUGGGGCUGAGAAGGGCUCCGAUGUUUGA